UCCCCACCUGUCUCUAUGUUAGAUAAAGGUGUCGACCCCGGCUCUCCCUGCCCCACACUACACUGGGAAAAAGAAGGAACUCGCACUUCUAACACCACCCUUUUCCACAAAAACGCAGCCCACAUCAUCAUCCACAGCGCUGAUGAACACAGCGAGGGAAGGUACAGCUGCUCGCUCGAGCAGAACGGACUGCUUCUACACAACGUUAGCAAUACGCUCUCCGUCAGGAAAGAUACGUAUCAUACCUCGUAUAACCUGUACAGAGACAGCUCUGACAGCACCGAAGUCGUGUUCGUCUGCGCGUCUCCGAGCCACCACAGAACAGCUAGGUGGGCCUGGGUGCCAUUUUUUGAAGGAAAAACAAAAACUCUGGCAACAGCUGGGAAGGAUGGAAAGGUCAGGAUUUCUACGGGGAUUGACGGAGAGAGGUUCUCGUCGGAUGGUUACGACGGAAUACUUUUCCCCUUGAGGAUAUCGCCGGUGAUGUUUCAAGACGCUGGAAGAUAUUCAUGCUAUGUGGAUAACAGCUAUUUCAGCUAUAUAACACUGAUAACUCUUCAGGUGUCAGCAGAGCCCCCUGGUGGUCUGUCCAGGAAUCGGUCAGUUGUGCUGAACUGUGAGAUAUCACACGUGAUCGGCUCUGUGACCCUGGCCUGGCUCCGGUUGAAGGGGGGCAGGGGGGAACUCGUAAAGCAGGAGGUCCUGAGUGAGGGGCACCCAGAAAAGAUGCUCAGUCUCACCCUGCCCAUUCUGAGCAGAGACCAGCUGCACUGGGCCUGUGCGGUGUUCACAGAGAGCAUGCUCAGAGCACAGGUCCCCCUGCACCUUAGGCCACUGUCAGCACAGCCAGGAUGGAGCACUGAGACAGUGGUCAGGGUGGUGAUUGUAGUGCUGGCCACCCUGGGGAUGCUAAAGGUUCUUAUGUGGUACUGCAGGAGACGCCCAGCAAUGUUGGUACAGUACAAAUACUGCCUUUCUGGCGAGAUACAGGGGGUCUCUCUACAAGCCCCUGCUGAGACCAACGGGACAGAAUUCAUCUGGGAGUGGACGUCACAUGAUGGAAGCUACACAAACACUCGGAUAAUAACUAUACAGUCCGAUGGAAAUUAUUGGUGGGAAUUUAAGAAGGCGUCUAUUACAAAACAAGGGAAGUAUGACAUUUAUCUGGAACCGGAGUUAGAAGAUGGAGGAAUUUUUACUUUUAUUCAAACUAAACCUGAGAAAGUAAGCUUGGCCCAGGUUGAAGUGUUCGCUGUAAAAGUGGAACGAUCUCACUGGUCCAGUGUAAAAGAAGGUUCUGAUGUGAUCAGGAGCUGUGAAGUAUCGCACCUUCCAGAUUCAGCUACACUGGACUGGGAAAGGGACAGAGAACCUACUGCUAACACAACGCUGAUCUACAACAACACUGCCCACAUCAUCAUCCACAGUGCUGACCGAUACAGUGAGGGAACGUAUAACUGUACACUCAGAUGGAACGGAGCACUUAUUUUCAGCAUUCCUAAACCACUUAAAGUCUCCAAGGGCACAGGUGGCACAAACACUCUGUACAGAGGGAGUUUGAACGGCAGUGAGGUGGUGCUGAUCUGCCAUUCUCUGAUCUCAUACGGAAAAGCUUAUUGGCAAUGGGCGCCAUCGUCUGAGACAAAUACAAUCCUUGUGGCCUCAGCUGAUAACAACGAGAAUACUUCGAUUUCCAUGGAGAUAGAUAAAGAGAGAUUCUCAUCUGAGCGCUAUGAUGGAUAUAAUUUCCCUCUGAGAAUCACACCAGUGAAGUUUGGAGACAGUGGAAUGUACUUCUGUCAUUGUGGACCCUACGCGACAGCCACAGUAACGCUGGUAACUGUUCAGGUCUCAGCAGUGCCCCCUGGUGGUCUGUCCAGGAAUCAGUCAGUUGUGCUGAACUGUGAGAUAUCACAGGUGAUCGGCUCUGUGACCCUGGCCUGGCUCCGGAUGAAGGGGGGCAGGGGGGAGCUCGUAAAACAGGAGGUCCUGAGUGAGGGGCACCCAGAGAAGAUGCUCAGUCUCCCCCUGCCCAUUCUGAGUAGAGACCAGCUGCACUGGGCCUGUGCAGUGUUCACAGAGAGCAUGCUCAGAGCACAGGUCCCCCUGCACCUCACACUGCCAGCACCUGAACCUCAAGUGUUGGUACAGUACAAAUACUUCCUUUCUGGGGAGGGACAGAGGGUCUCUCUACUAGCCCCUGCUGAGACCAAAGGGACAGAAUUCACCUGGGAGUGGACGUCACAUGAUGGAAGCUACACAAACGCUCGGAUAAUAACUAUACAGUCCGAUGGGAAUCAUUCAUGGAAUUUGUGGAAGGUGUCUAUUACAAAAAAAGGGAAGUACGACAUUUAUCUGAAACCCGAGUUCCAAAAUGCUGGAGUUUUUACUUUUAUUCAAACUAAACCUGAGAAAGUAAAAGUGGCCCAGUUUGAAGUGUUCGCUGCAGAAGUGAAACCAUCUCGCUGGUCCAGUGUAGAAGAAGGUUCUGAUGUGAUCAGGAGCUGUGAAGUAUCACACCUUCCAGAUUCAGCUACACUGGACUGGGAAAGGGACAGAGAACCUACUGCUAACACAACGCUGAUCUACAACAACACUGCCCACAUAAUCAUCCACAGUGCUGACCGAUACAGUGAGGGAACGUAUAACUGCACACUCAGAUGGAACGGAGCACUUAUUUUCAGCAUUUCCUGGACACUUCAAGUCUCCAAGGGUACAUAUAGAACACAUCACACUCUGUACAGAGGGAGUUUGAACAGCAGUGAGGUGGUGCUGAUCUGCCGUUCUCCAGACUCAUACAGAACAGCGUAUUGGCAAUGGGAGCCAUUGUCUGAGACAAAUGCAAUCAUCGUGGCCUCAGCUGGCAUAUAUCAGAAUGCUUUCAUUUCCAUGGAGAUAGAUAAAGAGAGAUUCUCAUCUGAGCGCUAUGAUGGAUAUAAUUUCCCUCUGAGAAUCUCACCAGUGAAGUUUGGAGACAGUGGAAGGUACUUCUGUUAUUUUGAACACCGGCUGAUGGCCACAGUAACGCUGGUAACUGUUCAGGUCUCAGCAGUGUCCCCUGGUGGUCUGUCCAGGAAUCAGUCAGUUGUGCUGAACUGUGAGAUAUCACAGGUGAUCGGUUCUGUGACCCUGGCCUGGCUCCGGAUGAAGGGGGGCAGGGGGGAGCUCGUAAAACAGGAGGUCCUGAGUAAGGGGCACCCAAAAAAGAUGCUCAGUCUCACCCUUCCCAAUCUGAGUAGAGACCAGCUGCACUGGGCCUGUGCGGUGUUCACAGAGAGCAUGCUCAGAGCACAGGUCCCCCUGCACCUCACACUGCCAGCACCUGAACCUCAAGUGUUGGUACAGUACAAAUACUUCCUUUCUGGGGAGGGACAGGGGGUCUCUCUACAAGCCCCUGCUGAGACCAACGGGACAGAAUUCAUCUGGGAGUGGACGUCACAUGAUGGAAGCUACACAAACGCUCGGAUAAUAACUAUACAGUCCGAUGGGACGUUUUCAUGGAAUUUGUGGAAGGUGUCUAUUACAAGACAAGGGAAGUACGACAUUUAUCUGCAUCCGAAGUUACAAAAUGCAGGAGUUUUUACUUUCAUUCAAACUAAACCAGAGAAAGUAAAAGUGGCCCAGUUUGAAGUGUUCGCUGCAGAAGUGGAACCAUCUCACUGGUUCAGUGUAAAAGAAGGUUCUGAUGUGAUCAGGAGCUGUGAAGUAUCACACCUUCCAGAUUCAGCUACACUGGACUGGGAAAGGGACAGAGAACCUACUGCUAACACAACGCUGAUCUACAACAACACUGCCCACAUCAUCAUCCACAGUGCUGACCGAUACAGUGAGGGAACGUAUAACUGCACACUCAGAUGGAACGGAGCACUUAUUUUCAGCAUUCCCAGGACACUUCAAGUCUACGGAGGUACAUAUGACACCUAUCACACUCUGUACAGAGGGAGUUUGAGCAGCAGUGAGGUGGUGCUGAUCUGCCAUCCUCUGGGCUUAUACAGAACAGCGUAUUGGCAAUGGGAGCCAUCGUCUGGGACAAAGGUAAUCACUGUGGCCUCAGCUGAUAGAUACGAGAAUGCUUCGAUUUCCACGGAGGUAGAUAAAGAGAGAUUCUCAUCUGUGGGCUUCGAUGGAUCUUAUUUCCCUCUGAGAAUCUCACCAGUGAAGUUCGGAGACAGUGGAAGGUACUUCUGUCAUUUUGAAACCCACCUGAUGGCCUCAGUAACUCUGGUAACUGUUCAGGUCUCAGCAGUGCCCCCUGGUGGCCUGUCCAGGAAUCAGUCAGUCGAGCUGAACUGUGAGAUCUCUCGGGUGAUCAACUCUGUUACUCUGGCCUGGCUCCGGAUGAAGGGGGGCAGGGGGGAGCUCGUAAAACAGGAGGUCCUGAGUGAGGGGCACCCAAAAAAGAUGCUCAGUCUCACCCUGCCCAUUCUGAGCAGAGACCAGCUACACUGGGCCUGUGCGGUGUUCACAGAGAGCAUGCUCAGAGCACAGGUCCCCCUGCACCUCACACUGCUGACACCCAUCACUGAACCUGAAGAGCCAAAGCCAGAUAAUGGGAGGAUGCUGGUGAUCGGUGUGGCCUGUACUGCUGCUGUCUGUGUUGGAGUGCUGUUGCUGUUAGGAGGUCUGUUGUUUCGGCGUCUGAAAACAGCAGCGGGUCCGUCCACAUCACCAGCUGAAGGGAACGGUGCAGCUGAUGCAGUCUACAGUGACGUCACAAAUCUGCAGCAGGGUCAAGCCACAUUACCAGUGGAUGGGAAUGGUGAUUCCAGUUCAGCUGCUGCAGUCUACAGUAACGUCGCAGAGCUACAGAAAGAUCAAGGAAACCCAGACACGCCUACAGAGCAGAAUGACAGUGAGGAGCUUCAAUACUUAGUAUUUUCCUUGACCACUCCCAGUCUCGACCCUAACAGACAACAACGGAGGCAGUUGAACCCCCAGUCUUGCUCUGAACAAGAAGAAAAUGAUAAAGUGGUCUAUGCAAGCAUCUGCAAAACGUAAUGUGGAUAACGAUUCAAUGAUUCAAAUGGAUAAACAAAACGAAAUUUUAAAAGCCCACAAUAAAAACUUGACAUUUCAAGUCUUUACAGUGCAACUCCAUUACAGAUUUUCCAAGAUCUGUUAAUGUGCGAAUAUGCCACUGUUGCAUUCUUUCUUGCUAAAGGAAGCUUUUACGAGUAUCUAAUAAUAUGUAAGUAUGUCAUUUUGAUUGUGAAAUAUAUAAUUGCAUUCUGGAAAAUAUAAAUGUUAAUGCAGUUUUUUUCUGUAUUAUUUUUGUAGCUUUUUUUACGUGUUUCGAAUAAAAUGUCCAGUUUUAGUGACUAUUUAAUAUAUAAACAGCAAGGGGUGCUAUUGUACAAGAAAUAAGCAACUGCUGAACAAUUUAGCGUGUGCUUCUAUCUAUAGUAAAAAAAAAUUAAAAAUAAAAAGCACUUAUUGUAGCUAAUAAUAAAACAGCUGUAAAAAGAAAGCGUUAUAUUCAUUAUACGACCUUGAAUUAAAGCAUUUAAAAUAAUAAAUAAAUACACAAGCUGAAAGGA